AUGGAGUGGGCUAGGUCUUCUAACCAGGAUGCUGCCAUGUUCCUCCUGGAUUAUGAGAAGGCCUACGACAGGGUGGAAUGGGAGUUUAUCAUCAUGAUGCUGGAAUCCUUCAGCUUCCCGGGUGAGUUUUGUCAAAUUGUGAAAGUUCUCUUGCAUGAUGCCUCUGCUCAAAUCGAUAUUAAUGGAUCCCUUUCUCCCCCUAUCGUGUUCUCCCUAUCCAUUAGGCAAGGGUGUCCCCUUGCUCCCUCUCUGUUCGUCAUUGCUUUCGAUGCCCUCUUUUACCUUCUCAGAGAUAGUACUAUCUCCCCUAAGGUGGAAGGUAUUAGACUCCCUGACAAUAAUGAGCUCCUAAACAUUCAGUUCGCGGAUGACACUGCCCUCUUCCUCAACAUUUCCAAGCUUAACUUAGACAAUCUUAACUUGAAGGCUCAAUUCUUCAGUUCCAUCUCUGGAGCCAAGAUCUCCCAGACCAAGUCCACCUUCCUUAGCUGGAACACCCAACCUCCUGACUGGUUUGACAGGUCCAAUUACCAAUGGGGGGGGCCAAACAAAAUUGUUUGGUACCUUGGUGUUCCCUUCUCUAUCUCCCCGUCACUCAAAGAUAUGUGGCUCUGGGUUAAAGGGAAAAUCAACAAUAAGAUCAAUAAGUGGAACAAUAGGUUCCUUUCUCUGGCUGGUAGAAUUCAAGUCUGCCAAAAAAUCCUCUCUACCUAUAGUAUCUACUAUUCUUCCACCUGGAUGUUUAGCAAUUACCAGAUCCUGGAAAUCCAAAAGGGCAUCAGGCGAUUUCUUUGGUCUGAUGGCAAAGGAAAUAGUAAGGCCCACUCUGUUAGAUGGAAUUGGUGCCAUGCUAUGAAGGAGCUUGGGGGACUUGGCCUCAAAGAUCUCAAAAUUCAGGGCAUUGCCCUGGUGGCUAAAUGGAUUUUUCAUGCCCUUGAUGGGCAUGAGCCUUGGAAAGUGCUUGUCAAAAGUAACAUCGAGAGGGCUGUCCCUCGGAGGGCUAAGUCUUGGAAAGGUCUGCCUCUUACCGACCUGGUGGCUGGAAGCUUCUCUGUGUCCGUCCAGGGGUCAUGUGUCUUUAGAUCCAUAUGGAAGGCUUGGGAACAUAUCAGAAGGUUCCUGGUUAACACCAGGGUCAGCAAUGAUGGUCAUAUUCAUGGUGAAAGAUCCCUGUGGUGGAACUUGACCCAUCAUGGUAAACCCCUGGCCUUGAUAAGGGGGUGCUCGGCUAGAUCUUGGGACAGCAAGGGGGUAAAAUGCCUGGCCGAUAUUCUUGAACAUGGUUCCCUUAUCUCAUGGGAGGAUCUUAGUGCUAGGUUCAAUAUCCCCCCCGCCCAAAAAAGAACGUAUAACCUGAUCAUGCAUGCCUGCACAUUGCUCGGCCUCCCGAAGGACUGCGAUAUUGAUUCUCAUAGGUUCCUGGCCUUUGGGUGGGCGGAUGGCACUCCUCUUACCAAAACCAAAGCCCGUAAUAUUUACUCUCUCUUGGCUUAUGAUACUUCUAUUAUUUCUCAUGUGAAUAUGAUUUGGUACUCUAACUUCUCUGUCUUGCAGUGGAAGAAAAACUUUAGCAGGUUGUGGAAGAACGCUAUUGAUCCCAAAGUCAAGUGCUUUAAAUGGUUGCUCACUCUUAACAGGCUCCCUUUAAAGGGGAAUUAUGACUCGCAUGAUACUUGUUCUAUAUGUAAAAUGCCUGAGACUGGCUGGCACAUCUUCUUUGAGUGCUCCGUUGCUAGGGAAGUCUCGGUCGUGCUGAAUUUGGAAAGGAAUAAACUCAGAAGAUUCCUGCGGGAUGGCCAUGCUACCAUGUUUGUCUAUGAGCUUAAAGGUGGACUAGACUGGAGGCGCAAUUUUGAUGACCUUUCCUCCUUUGAGCAUGCCUUGAGAAUGCUGAACAAUGAAAUCAGGGACAAUAGGCAGCCGUCUGCUGAGCAUUUGGAGAUGUUGAGUCAGAUCCAGGACCGUAAGAAUAUCGUCUGGAUGGAGGGACCCCAGGGAUGGACCGCCUGGGUGGAGCAUUAUAAUAACAUUCUCAGCUAG